CAGGUUUAGAUAACCCAAAACGGAGGAGCGCCCCACUUUUACCUCUUACUGUACUUGGACAUGUCGGCCAGCGUCGGCGAUGGCGCACUUAACGGCGGCAAUUGGGAUUCGCUUCUGUACUCGCCUUACAACACGGCAGUUCGCUUCAUGGUUGGUAUGCUUCAGCGGAACUUGCUGCCUGACGCCGUCCUGCGCCGCCUGACGAAAAUCCUGCUCGCCGGUCGCCUUCGCUCCUGCUACCGGCCAUCCGCUGAGAUCCAGUUAUCUGACCUUCUUCACUUCGCGCAUUCACUGAAAGAAAUGCCCAUAGCAAUCAACACGGAAAAGCCAAAAUCUCAGCAUUAUGAAGUUCAAACGUCUUUCUUCAAGCUUGUCCUCGGAGAGCAUCUUAAAUACAGUUGCUGCUUCUUUCCAGACAAGUCGAGCACCUUGGAUGAUGCUGAGAAGGCAAUGCUAGAGUUAUAUUGUGAGAGGUCACAAAUAAAUGAUGGCCAUUCUGUUCUUGAUGUUGGUUGUGGCUGGGGAUCUCUUUCUCUCUAUGUAGCACAAAAGUAUCCCAAUUGCACGAUUACAGGGAUUUGCAAUUCAAUAACCCAGAAAGCGCAUAUCGAGGAGCGGUGCAGGGAUCUUAAGCUGCAGAAUGUGGAUAUCAUUGUUGCAGACAUCAGCACUUUUGAUAUGGAAGCUUCUUAUGACAGAAUUUUUUCCAUUGAAAUGUUUGAGCAUAUGAAGAACUACCAUGAUCUUCUGAAGAAGAUAUCCAAGUGGAUGAAACCAGAUGGCCUUCUAUUUGUCCAUUACUUUUGCCAUAAAGCAUUUGCUUACCACUUUGAGGAUGUUGGGGAGGAUGAUUGGAUCACUAGGUACUUCUUUUCUGGAGGCACAAUGCCCUCGGCGAACCUGCUACUCUAUUUUCAGGAGGAUGUGUCUAUAGUGAAUCAUUGGCUUGUGAAUGGAAAGCAUUAUGCACAGACAAGUGAGGAAUGGCUUAAGAGAAUGGAUCAGAACUUGAGCUCCAUUAAGCCAAUCAUGGAGUCCACUUACGGAAAAGAUUCAGCUGUAAAAUGGACAGCAUAUUGGAGAACCUUUUUCAUAGCAGUUGCAGAACUAUUUGGCUACAACAAUGGAGAAGAGUGGAUGGUUGCCCAUUUUCUUUUCAAGAAAAAAACCUAAUAUUCUCGGUGGUCCUAGAUUAAAAUCAAUCAUUGCAAAGCAAGUGUAAUAGGCUAUAACACUUUAUUAUCAUAAUUUGUGGAGAAGCUUGCCUCCAUAUAUGAUGAUGAGCUGCUGCUCUCAAGGUUUGUGAUUUCCUCAUAAUUCAGAAAAGCAGAAGCAAUUGCUCA